UAAAGGCGGUCAGACGCACACACGGCGGCGCAGAGGACACGGCUUCUGUCACAUGCUGCGCUAGCUAGGAUCUUUACCGACUGGCUAAACAACUACUUAAAAACAAGAAAUGCUUAUUCAAAUAGUCGCCAUUUCGCUUGUAUCGUGAGUACACCGUGAUUGAAAGCGAGAGUUUGCGUAAUUUCGUUGCUUGGUUCGACGAUCUGCGGUGCGUUUUGGAGUUACCGAGGAGACGACAUACGGUAGUGGGAAGGCUGACGUGACUUUGAAGAUAACUCAAGAUAAGGCUUAAAAACGACAAGCCUACGACUUUUUGGGAGUAAUCGACAAGAAAAGAAGAUAGUUCGGGUAUCAUGGUCACGACUCAGGGCACCAGUCUGAACCCGAACGCCCAAGUGUGGCAGGAGGUCCCCGUCCUUCAGCCUGACUCUGUGGAGGUCACUGAGGACUCGGCCUGGAUCGGCUCCUACCCUCCUCCCAUCGACUUUGUUGAAGAUUAUUCGGAGUUUCCUUCUCCGGAUGGAAAGGACUUCGGUUUGGUGUAUCCUGACGGCUCAGACUACGGCUCUGAUUAUGACCCUGCUUGCCUCAGAGGUGAUGGGGGGCACGUGCGACUACCCUGACCUGGGGUAUCUGGUGUUUGAGCCUCAGUACAAUGGGACAGUGGAGGAGGAGGUGAUCACAGAUAAAACUCUGUCUGAAGAAACCCUCAGGGAAUCUCUGAAGAAACAGCUGGAGUUCUACUUCUCCAGGGAAAACCUGUCCAAGGACCUGUAUCUAAUUUCCCAAAUGGACAGUGACCAGUUUGUGCCGAUCUGGACCAUCGCCUGCAUGGAGGACAUCAAAUCUCUGACCUCAGACCUGGAGCUCAUCGUUGACAUUCUGAAAACAUCUCCCUUGGUCCAGGUUGAUGAGUCUGGUGAAAAAGUUCGACCCAACUACAGCCGCUGUAUCAUCAUCCUGAGGGAGGUGCCAGAGACUACUCCAGUCGAGGAAGUCGAAGCACUUUUUAACAAUGAAAACUGCCCGAAGGCGUUGAGUGCUGAGUUUGCACACAACAGCAACUGGUACAUAACCUUUCAGUCUGACAAUGACGCACUUCAGGCUUUGAAAUACCUGAGGGAAGAAGUCAAAGUCUUUCAAGGGAAACCAAUUAUGGCUCGUAUCAAAGCGAUCAACACGUUUUUCGGUAAAAGUGGAUUUCACAGCGUCGACUCGAGCGUGUUCUCUCAGCCCCCUCCUCAGACCCAGACCCCUCAGCCUUUCGGGAGUCCCGUGUUCAUGGACAUGCAGCAGGUGUACAGCCCACAGCAGCAGUACCCCGUCUAUCCUGUGGUGUCUCCCUCCUGGAGCCCCACACCUGUGCCCUACUUUGAGACUCCUCUGGCCCCUUUCCAAAAUGGCGGCUACAUGAAUGGAUACAGAAGCUCAGGAAACUAUAAGGGAAACGCGCUGUCUGUGAAUGGCCACCGCCCAAGAAGCAGAAACCAGGGCUACGCGGGGUCCAGUUGCCUUGUGGAUGUCGCUCCUCAGGCUCAAAUAUCCGGAGCUCCCAUCCGACCCCCCACAGACGCCCUGUCGCCGACCUCGUUCAACCCCAAGGACAGCUCUCUACUACCCCCUGUGCACAAUGGAGACGGGCGCCCCAGGAGACCGAACCACAGAGGAAUGAGGAGGAAAAGAGAAGAUGAGUCAAACACUAAACCACUUCCCACAGCUGAGGUCAAACCGCCCCCUCCGAACUUUGACCUGGCUGCCUGCAACUUCCCACCUCUUCCAGGAAGCAUGGUGACGGCCAAAGAGGGAACGGCUCUGGACGUGUGCAUGGCAGACGUGGUGCGCGGCCUCAAAGUGUCCGAAAAUAAGAAUGGCAGCCAGGAAACUAAAGAGUCUAAACCUGCAGAUCAACCAGAUGACAUCCAGAGCAAACCUGAGGCUGCUUUAAAUCCAGUUCCAGUAACACCAGAAGUAGAGCCAGCAACCUCGUGUAGCGUUUCUGAGUCAAAUAAAGAUGAAAUUGAAGUGGACUCACCAGUGUCAAGUGGAGAUUCGUCGUUAGAGACUCCAGUUUCAGAAGAGCCUCCAACCACCACCAGCCGAUCAGCAUCCACUGUGUCUGCCCCAUCCGCCCCUUCUCCCACCUCUGAACCAGAGCCCAAAAAGUUGAGCUACGCCGAGGUCUGCCAGAGACUCGCCAAAGACCCUCCUCCCGUCCAACCGUCUCCUCCCUCCGCCCCCUCUCCCCCCGCGUCCGAGUCCAACCAGCCCCUGCAGGAACUCAAAGUGAACCGGGUGCAAGAACCCCGUCACAACUCCAACAAACACCACAACGAAAAACCCAGAAACCACCAGCACUCACGUCCAUUCAGAGGCUCCCAAGAUCCAGAGAGGCCAGGGCCCAAGAACCGCGACAGACCCAGGAAUUUCAACAAAUCUUUUUCAGGGCAAAGAGGAUUUAAACGCAGCGGAAAGGAGCAGAACAUCCCUCCAUCACCAAAAUAGACUCUUGAAAGUGAAAUUGUAUGUAAAAAAUGUGUACAUAAGUGUAAAUAAUGAGAUAUAUUUUCAUUGAGAACAACUUUUUCAAAUGGUUGUUCCCAUGUAUAGUAUAUUAAUGGGCAGUUUGCGUUGUCCAUUAUAGAUUAGAAUUGGAAUUUACUGUGCUUUUGAAGAGCAAAGAUGAAUUAUUUUGUGUCACGGUGCACAUUUUUAGACAUUUCUUAAAUCAUGAAUUGUCUAGAUCUACUGAAAAUCAUGAGCUAAAGUGUUCUAAGUUUUGAAAGAAUAUAUUGUUGGCUAAAUGGUAAAAAAAAAAAAAAAAAAAAGGUCUAUAUGUCUAAAUGAACUGAAUUGCGUGUAAUUACUUUUUAACAAAGUAAUUUCUUGUUGAUAAUUUAACUUUUAAUUAUCAAAUUGUUUUUUUUCUCUUAUCAGUUCAUUUUGUAAUCAAUUCUGAUCGUGACUGUAAAGACUAUAGUUAUACUAGGAUAUUUUACUAGUUUAAUCUGUAGCAUAAUGUUUGACUUAGCUUUAUUCACUAAGAUAAAGUAAUGUAAUUAUCAUAUUUUGUGUGAUAAAAAAAAAUAUUGAAUUUCAUGUAGCUCAUUUUCUUGUCUUUAAAGAGGGGGUAUUUUGCAAGUGUAUUUGAGCUUUCUGUCAUGUUUUAAUGUUCCCUCAUCAAAAAAAUCAAAAACAUGCCUGAAGAGGUUUUUUCACCAUGCAUGACCUUAUUUUGAACCCUCUUUACAGUUUGCAGUACGAUUCUGUCCAAUGCUCAACCUGCAAGUCUACAUCACUCAUGCUCCCACACGACAAUUCUCCAUAAAUACACAAAAACAUGAUAUAAAAUUGUACACUACAACUUCACAAACCUGAUGCAAUGUGCAGUAGUUUCAUUAGCAGGAUGCACGCUGAUUGUGUUGUGAUAGCGCUCUGAAGGAGGAAUGACUUAAUGUGGGGAGCAGAGACUCAGCAUCAAAAACAAAAGUAAAACUUAUGAAACAUGUUAAUACAUUGUUUUCAGCAAAUAGCAUUUUCAAACCAAUAAAAGGUAACUUGAUCUGAAUGUUAUGUGUUAGCGGUAAAUACCCCCUCUUUAUGCUUGUAAAUUAUGUUUAAAGUCUGAAGUGAUUUUACUCAUUGAUGUAUGGACUCUUGUAGUACGUAUAGUCAAUAAGUUGAGUAUAGCUUUGGGUAUAUUUGUCAUAGUUUGAGUAACUGCACUUAUAUGAAUCAUAGAAAUUAUAUUUGAAAAUGUUGAUUACUGAAUUGCCUGAGCUUGUGUCACUGUAUGUUUUAAUCGUUACACUUCUAUUUGUAGUGUGUGCGUUUUUUUUGUUGUUUUUUUUUUCCUCUUGUUAAUUUCCAGUUACUAGAUUAUUUUACUGUGUUAUGGAGAAUUAUGCCUCAAAUUAAGCUUUGUGCCUUCACCUAUAUAACAUGUUUUUGGAUCUACUUGGGCAUGACUAGACUGAUGCAUUGUGUGGAUGAUUUUUAAUUGAGUAAAUGUCUGUGUGUACA